AUGAUGUUUUGUGUUCCAAAGUCUUCAACUUUUGUUCCUCCCAAGAAAUCUUCAGAUGCUGCCAACAAGAGGGUACCCAAAAAAAGAGUUUUUUCGUCUUCAGAAUUAUGCAGCAAUGUUGAUGGAUUCAACAACAACAACAGUAACAGUAACAGCGUUGUUCUUGAUUCUCGUCCCAACAAGAGAGCUAAGGUGGAAAAGAGUGAAGAAAAUUCAAGCAUGAAGAAGGGUACUACUACUGAUGCAGUAAAGGAACGUGAAGAGAAGAAGAAACGAAGUUCUUCGGGUAUGGAUGAAUUCAAGAAUACGCAAUGUUCAGUAACGCUGAAAAGGUUAUUGGUUCAUCCAGACGGAGUGUAUUUCAAGAAAGGAAAGGCUUUGAUGGAUUUGGAGAGGAUUAAGCGGAAGCUAUGGAAUAAUUUGUACAACGAAACUGAUCAAUUUGCUGCUGAUAUCAGAACGGUGUUUCGCAAUGUCAUGUCCCAGUACCCCUCGGGGCAUGAAGUUCAUCGAACCGCCGCAAAGUUAAGUGAUCUUUUCGAGACAAAGUGGAAGAAUUUGGAGGGAAGAUGGCUAGCUGAGAAGGAAAACAAGUUAGAGAAAGAAGAGCCAAAGCCAAAUUCAAAGCCUUUGAAAUCGAAUGCAGAGGAGAAAAGGAAAAAACUUGCUGAAGCUAUUGCCAAAGCUAAAUUGGUAUUGGAGAAGAAGAGAACCAAUGAAGCUGCACAACGGAACAGGGUUUACUUGCAAAGGAAGAAACAGAGGGAGAUGAUGCAGAGAAUGGAGAGAACAAUUUUCUUUGAUGAUGCUUUCAAGUCCUUUCAGGAUUUGGAAAACUUGUGUGGCCAUUCACUGACACAUUAUUGCACAAAGGGAAAUCCAUUGUUGAAGAACCUUACAGGUUUGGUUCUUAGGGAAGAAGAUUUUGAAGACAACAACUUUCUUAGUGAGGAUUUGGAAGAAGAAGUUUUCUGA